AUGUUUAGACCCACCCUUUUCCGGAACCAGUGUAUCACCUUUAGCAUCUCACAAGCCUCGUUUCACACUUCCCCGGCUGUCUUUUCGGGCCAUUCCAAGUGGGCUACCAUCAAGCAUGACAAGGCUAAGAACGACGCUGCGCGUCAGGCCGUAGCUAACCGUCUUGCCCGCCAGAUCAGUGUUUGUGUGAAGCAGCACGGCAUGGAGCAAAACCCGCAGCUAUCCGCAUUACUUGACAAAGCCAGGGCCUCCAACGUACCCAAGAAGAUUGUGGAAUCCGCCAUUGCCAGAGGUAACGGACAGGGUGCCACCAGCGACGUCCCCUCAGAGUCCACAUUGUACGAGGGUAUUGGUGCUGGGGGCGUUGCGUUUAUUGUAGAGGCGUACACCCCAAACAAGGCCAGAUGUGUGGCAAUGGUGAAGCAUGCCUUCAGCAAAUACAACGGGUCGUUUUCCCCAACCUUGUACAUCUUCGACAGAAAGGGCUACGUGGAUUUCGAGAUGGGCGACAAGUCCUUUGACGAAAUUUUCGAGGCCGCCAUCGAAUUAGGAGCCGAUGAUGUCCAGGAAUUACCUCUCAACACCGAAUCCACCGAGAGAGACUCCAAUGGCCUUUUACUUCCACCGCAGUCCAUGGCAGAAAUCAUCACUCCCUUCACCGAAGUUAACCAGGUAGCAAAUCUGUUGAAGGAGCAGGGCUUUAAGGUUAAGGAUGCCGGUACCGGCUACUUCCCUAAGGAAGACAUGGUGAUUGAGGAUGUCACCGAAGACCACCAGGAAGUCAACCGCAAGAUUAUGGCCGCCUUGGGCGAAAUCGAAGACGUUACCGAGGUUCACACGUCCUACAAGGAGCAGAUCUAG